AGUCAUCAUGUGAUCCAGGAGAACAGGAAGUUCGAACCCAGAAAUCCUUUAUUUCAGGGCAAAGUGCACUAAACCUAACUUCCCUUCAUCUCAAACUCCUAAAAGAUGCAUUGAAUGCCGACGUUGCUGGGGGAGCUGUUUUAUGUAUUGUACUUUGUUACACUGUUGAUUAAAUCUAGCUGCUUCGAGACUCCCUCGUCGGAAGGAACUCUCUGGACUCUAGUUGUUUCAAUUCACCUUCAGUCCGCUGCUGCUGAUAAACCCUGAACGGAUUAAGUUUACUCCAAUAUGUGCAUCAUGGAAGCCAAAGUCAACAGUUUGCAGAGAUGCCUCGACAGUAUUUACAAGGUUAUUAGAACUGCAAAUGAUACCUUGUGUGCCAUCAGCAAGCCAUCAGUGUGCAGUGAAGUGUUGCUGUCUCCACAAGGAAUCACUUAUAUCUCAGGUGUUGCUGAGGUGUACCGAGUGGCGAAGAGAGUGCAAGGUGGAAUGAAGUCUCUAAGUAUUAGUACUGAAACACUGCAAAAGAGUCUGAGGGACAUUGAGAUAAUCUGGAACAAUGUGCAGGCUUUCAUCUCAUUUAACCCUUCCGUGUUACGAAUGAUGCCUACUGAAUCUGCACUGGACUGUUCAGCUAUAACAGCUUCAGAAAAUGCACAGAGUGAAACCUGUGGAGUAUGUCUGCUCAGAACACUGAAUGAGCCUAAUGACUUCAAUGAUACAGAACAUUCAAUUCUUCAUAAUGGAUGCCAUUACCAUGCAAGUUGUGCAAAUUUUUGGCUAAACUGUGUGGACUCAAACUUACCUGGUCUGAUUGCUAUGGAGGAAAAUUCUGAGGACUUGAAUUUGGAAGAGCUCUCAAUUCUUGGACAAAACUGCUUGGACACUAAUCCUAAAGACUUUACUGUUCCUAUAACUCAAUGACUGUAAAUUGUAUUCAUUCUCAGAGUCAGUGCAUUUGUUUCGGAGUGAAUGGUUUUGUCAAAGUUGCCCUGCGUUAUGCGCCAAGAGUUAUGUUAAUGUGGCUUAUAGAUAUUAACUGUAUGACAAGUGAUCGUUCAAGAGGCUUUUCUUGUCUGUAAAAUGUUAACUUUUCUAUGAAAAAAAAAAUACACUAUCAUGUAAUUUCUUUACUCAGAGAGUAGUAAGGGCAUGGAAUGCCCUGCCUGCAAAAGUAGUAGACUCGUCAACUUUAAGGGCAUUUAAAGGGUCAUUGGAUAAACAUAUGGAUGAUAAUGGAAUAGUUUAGGUUAGAUGGGCUUCAGAUUGGUUUCACAGGUCGGCGCAAUAUCGAGGGCCGAAGGGCCUGUACUGCGCUGUAAUGUUCUAUGUUCUAUGUUUGACUAAUUUUAUCAAGUAAUUGGAGCACUUAUCCACAAAGGUGGAUAAGUUUAAUGCAGUUGAUCUUAUGUAUGUGGACGAAUGAAAGGCAUCUGCUGAAGUACCAAAACUCAAGCCCAGAGAUGUUGUCUGUGUGGAUAGUAUAAUGAAUAGAGAGCAAUGAUGAAUAGUGUUUUUUCAGUCUGAAGGAAGUAUACAGGGGUGUUGCCCAGGGAUCAAUAUUAGGACCACAGCUCUUUUUGACAAGUCGUAAUUACCUGCAUUGGAUAUGCAGGACAUAGUUUCAAAGUUCACUGACAAUAAUGAAACUAAUCUAUAGUAACAGUGAGAGGAUUAUUCAGAGACAUCAGGAGGAGAAAGACUGAGAAAACAGGCAGGCUUAUGGCAAAUGAAAUUCAUCACAUCAAAAAUAAACAAGCAACAGUGCAUUCUGCCGGGACAAAUGAAAGGUACAAUUUGAUACAAGUGCAGGUACAGAGCCAUGGGGAUGAAUGUAGGAAAAUGUUCAAAAAUUGCUGAUAAUGUGGGAAAGCAACAUAAAUAUCAUGUUGGACAGAAGGAGGCCAUUUGGUCCUUCAAGAAAUACAGGAAAUAAUUGGUUUCUGAGGACUGGAGCACAGAAGCUAGAGAGUUAUGCUAAACCUUUAUAAAAUACUAUUUGGAUUUGAGCUAGUAUGUAUAUUUAAAUCUAGACAGCAUAUAGAGGGAACGCUAAAGCUUUUAAGCGGGUGCAGGAUACAUAAUUGACUAGGGCUAACAGGAGGAAGCCAGAGCAUAACGAUGUUCAAGUCCAAAGAUGUGUAGGUUUGGUGGAUUGGCCAUGCUAAAAUUACCCCAUAGUGUCCAGUGAGCUGUAG